AAUAAAAUAGGAUUCUAAAACGCAUGGGAAAUAAAGGUCGUGACUCGUGAGGCCAGUUCCGCCUUGUCGGCGCCGUCCGUCUCCGAGAAGCCCAAAUCUCGCCCGACUCCCUCUCCGGCGAUCCGAUCGACUACUCUCUCCCUCCUUCUGGAUCUGCAAAUUUAUGCUCUAUUCUUCUCCUCCCGAUAGAGAACAAUAGGGAGAGGGAGAGGGAAAGAUGGGGUCGAUGGAUUUGGAGGAGGUGGGAAACGGGAAUGGGAAUGGGCUGCCACGGCUCCCGCGGCUUGGGAAGAAGGCAAAGUACACGAGGAUGGACGCCGAGGUGAAUGAGGAGGAGGCGGAAGGGGAGCUCUCGACGACGGGGCGGAGCCGGGCGGCACAGAGCAGGAGAUACGUCUUCGCUUGUGCCGUCUUUGCAUCGCUCAACAACGUUCUUCUUGGUUAUGAUGUGGGUGUUAUGAGUGGAUGCAUUCUAUUCAUUCAAAAGGAUUUGCACAUAACAGAAGUACAGCAAGAAGUUCUAGUUGGGUGUUUGAGCAUUAUUUCACUUUUGGGCAGCUUAGCAGGUGGAAAAACCUCAGAUGCUAUUGGCCGAAAAUGGACAAUAGGGUUGGCUGCCGUUGUUUUCCAGACUGGUGCUGCUAUAAUGGCUUGUGCUCCUUCUUUCCUAGUACUGAUGAUUGGCAGACUGUUGGCUGGAGUUGGGAUAGGCUUUGGUGUCAUGAUUGCACCAGUAUACAUAGCAGAAAUAUCCCCUGCUGUUGCCCGAGGAUCUCUGACUUCUUUCCCUGAGAUUUUCAUAAAUAUAGGGAUCCUUCUUGGUUACAUCUCCAACUAUGCUUUCUCUGGCCUUUCAGAACAUAUUAACUGGAGAAUAAUGCUUGGUGUUGGGAUCCUUCCAUCUGUCUUUGUUGGUAUUGCACUAUUUGUAAUCCCAGAGUCUCCUAGGUGGUUAGUUAUGCAGAAGAGGGUUGACAAAGCAAGAUCAGUGCUGAUGAAGAUUAAUGAGACUGACGAAGAUGUGGAGCAGAGAUUGGCUGAGAUAGAGAAAGCUGCUAGUUUUACAGGUGAGGAGGGGUAUCAGGAAAAGGCUGUUUGGCGCGAACUUCUGAGCCCUUCUCCUGCAGUACGUUGGAUGAUGAUUGCUGGCUUUGGCAUCCAAUGCUUCCAGCAAGUUACUGGUAUUGAUGCAACUGUAUAUUAUAGCCCAACAAUAUUCAAGGAUGCAGGAAUCACAUCCGACAGCAAACUUCUUGCUGCCACUGUUGCUGUUGGCUUCACAAAAACUCUUUUCAUCUUGGUUGCGAUCUUUCUAAUUGAUAGGGUGGGUAGAAAACCAUUACUGUAUGUUAGCACAAUUGGGAUGACUACUUGCUUGUUUAGCUUGGGCCUCUCUCUUUCACUGCUUAAGCAUGAACUGUUCUCAACAAAAGUUGGGAUUGGGGUAGCUAUAUUGGCAGUCUGUGGCAAUGUUGCAUUCUUCUCCAUUGGAAUAGGCCCAAUUUGCUGGGUGUUGAGUUCUGAAAUCUUUCCACUGAGACUGCGAGCUCAGGCAUCUGCGCUUGGAGCAGUAGGAAGUAGAGUGAGCAGUGGCCUGAUUGCUAUGUCCUUCCUGUCCGUGUGCCGCAUCCUCUCAGUGGGAGGAACCUUUUUUCUGUUUUCAGUUAUUUCAUCUAUGUCUGUAGCCUUUGUGUACAAGUGUGUCCCUGAAACCAAAGGAAAGACUUUAGAGCAGAUUGAGAUGCUAUUCCAAAAUGGUAUCGAAUGGCAGAGAGGUGAAGUAGAGCUUGGAGAUGUCGAGCAUCUGAUGCAGGGAAUUAAAUCAGCCAGCAGUCUUGCAGCUGUGUGACAAUAUCCGGUUGCAAGCAGAGCUAGAUCAUUACAGUAUAUCAUUCUUUAUGGUGUUAUUAUUUUUUCACUGCUUAUACUUGCCAAAAGAAUUACCAGCAAAUUUGGUGGAUAUCAGACCAUAAGGAAGAACGUGUGGAGUUAUCUGCUGCUUGUAUAUUCCUGCUGCCCAGAAUGGGGAUAGAGUUCAGGUCAAAUCACAAUUUAUGUAGUUUUCUUCAGGAACAAACCUGACGCUCUUAAAAGAUUCAAGGUAUACAUGUUUCCUCCGGAUCUGUGUUACCAAUAGAAGUUACAGGAAGUAGAUUCAAAUGACCUUUAUUUAUCAUCAAGCAAAAUUUUUAUCGAGCUAUUCUUAUUCC